CACAAAGGAGAAGUAGGAACUGAGUGUGAGUGAGAUGCGUGCAGAGCAAAAUCCCUCAGGCUGUCAGAGAGAGAGAGAGAGAGAGAGAGAAGAGAGAGAGAAGAGAGAGAAGAGAGAGAGAGAUCUGUAGAUACUGAGUGACUGGUCAGACAAACAGAGAAAGAGAGAGAGAGGAGGAGAAACAGGAAACUCUGAAGACUGACCCAAGCAGGAGUUCAACUGCAGCUUCACUCCUGCUCCUGGAGGGUGGGGGGGGGGAGAGAAGCGUCGUGGAUGGUGGUCACGGCACGAGACCGACAGCUGAGGACAAGGAGCUGAAAAGGACAUAAAAGAAACCCCCCCCCCAAGAUUGAGAGCUGACAAAGAGGAGGGACAAUGCCAUGAAGAUCCUUCCACACGGACCCUGACCCUGUGGACGUCCCAUCACCAUCACCGCUCCGAGCUGGAGACCCCCGGACUGAGCUGUGGACAUUUGUGUUGGCUGAUUCCUCUGAAAUGUACAACACUACGACGCUUCUCCCUGACAGCUCCACCUCGUCGUGGGCCGGGAAUCAGUCCAACUGCAGCAGGAACGAUGAGUUCAAGUACCCCCUGUACAGCGCCGUGUUCAGCAUCGUGUUCGUGGUGGGACUCAUCACCAACGCCGUGGCCAUCUACAUCUUCACCUGCACGCUGAAGCUGCGGAACGAGACCACCACCUACAUGAUGAACCUGGUGGUGUCGGACCUGCUGUUCGUCUUCACGCUGCCGCUGAGGGUCUUCUACUUCAUCAACGGCGACUGGCCCUUCGGCAGCACGCUGUGCAAGAUGUCCGUCUCGCUGUUCUACACCAACAUGUACGGCAGCAUGCUCUUCCUCACCUGCAUCAGCGUGGAUCGCUUCCUGGCCAUCGUGCACCCCUUCCGCUCGAGGACGCUCAGGACUAAACGCAACGCAAAGAUCGUGUGCGUGGCCGUGUGGGCGCUGGUGCUGUCGGGGAGCCUGCCCACCGGCUUCCUGCUGCAGUCCACCUCCAUAAGGGACAACAAGACCGCCUGCUUCGAGAACUUCUCGUCCAAGCAGUGGAAAGCCCAUCUGUCCAAGAUGGUGAUAUUCAUAGAGUUGGUGGGCUUCCUCAUCCCGCUGCUGCUCAACGUCUGCUGCUCCAUCAUGGUGCUGCAGACGCUGCGGCAGCCCGAGACCAUCAGCCGGGGGGGCAAGCUGAACAAAACCAAGAUCCUGCGCAUGAUCAUCGUUCACCUCUUCAUCUUUUGUUUCUGCUUCAUCCCCUAUAACGUCAACUUGGUGUUCUACUCUCUGGUCCGGACCAAAACGUUAGAAGGCUGCUCGGCGGAGUCGGUGGUUCGGACCAUCUACCCGGUGGCGCUCUGCAUCGCGGUGUCCAACUGCUGCUUCGACCCCAUCGUUUACUACUUCACCUCGGAGACCAUCCAGAACUCCAUCAAGAGGAAGUCCGUGGUCGGGCGCUCGUACGACGCCAAGUUCUCCGAGGCGCUGCAGUCGGAAACCAGCUCCAACCUUCAGCACAGCCUGAGGAAUCUAAAAGCUAAAGUCUUUCACAAUGAGUCCUCUGUGUGAUUGGGGUGUUGUUGCACUCAGGUAUUAAAAAAAAAACUUCUCCGGAGAAAAACAAACCGACGCGAGACCACAGGAAUGGAUACGUGCUUCAUUAUCAAGCACCUGCCAAAGAAGUAUUAUCUUAUUUCUCAUCUCAGGGCAAAUACCCGGACCUGCCACUGACAGACCCUGACCCCUUUGUUCGCAUCUGUGGAUUUAAUACUUAUUUAUUACUACUUAUUAAUUCCCCUUUUCCUGUGGAAAUUGUGUUAAGCGCAAUUACUCUGCCGGUGACCUGGAAGGGAAUGUGAUCACUGGACAGCAGGAGGGUUAUGAUACUGAAAGCUACAUGUGCCUGUAUAUCUGUACACCUCCAUGUUGAGCUGUGGUGCUAACUUUAGAGUAGUGUCGUAUUAAAUUAACAGAAAAGAUAUAUCAAGCUUUUAAGUGUUACAGGGCUGUGUUGUGUGUUUUUUUUGUUGUUGUGAAUUAAGUAGGUCACAGAAGUGCCCGCUCUGCAUUUCAUUGUAAACUGUUGAUUGCCAUUAAAUGCACUGACAUGGAUUUCCACAUACUGCACUCAUGCCACAGUAAUGAAUAAAAGUCAUGUACUGUCUAAAACUAA